AUGUCGCGACGUCCGCGCUUCGAGCAUCAUCAACAACAUCUCUCCCACCACACGACAAGCCAUGUCAUGGACAACAUUCUGCAGGGCCUGAAUCCUGCACAGAAGGAUGCCGUGGCCUCUGACAGCUCCGUGCUACAGGUGCUGGCACCGCCGGGCUCGGGCAAGACGAAGACUCUCACAGCACGCGUCGCGUACCUGAUCGCGCAUCGCGGAUUGCAGCCAUGGAACAUCAUCGUCUGCACAUUCACCGUGAAAGCGGCGAGUGAGAUGAAAGAACGAAUCACGAGCUUUGUCGGACCAGAGUUGGCGAAACAGCUCAAACUGGGCACUUUCCAUUCGGUGGCGUUGCGAUACCUCAAUGCCUACGGACAACACAUUGGUCUGCCGAAAGACUUUGGAAUCGCGGAUACCUCGGACACAAAGGCCAUCUUGAAGCGGCUCAUCAAGCAGCUUGGACUCUCAAUUGAGCCCGGUCCAGCUCUCGGUCGAAUCUCGUCUCGAAAAGUCAAAGGCGAGCCGACGAAGAACGCGCCGAAAAGUGUUGAUCAGCAAGAAUUCACGCGACUGUUUGACGAAUAUGAGGCGACGCUGGCAGCCUCAAAUCUUCUCGACUACGACGACAUUCUGCUACGAUGUUCAUUCUUGCUCAAAAGCCACCCGCAAUGUGUGGCGAAUGUGCAAGCUGUCUUGAUCGAUGAGUUCCAAGACACGAACAACAUCCAAUAUGAUCUGAUGACACUCUUCGCGCAGAGACAUAAUGUCAUCACGAUCGUCGGCGAUCCUGAUCAGAGCAUCUAUGGCUUUCGAGCUGCCGAGAUCAAGAACUUGUCAAGGAUGAAAAAGCAAUGGCCCGAUACCCUUACAAUCAAUCUCGAAGAGAAUUAUCGAUCAUCCGGCGCCAUCUUGCAUGCUGCACAGAAUGUCAUAGAACAGGAUGAAAGCCGCCCACCGAAGAAGUUGCAGGCAACACAUACCUUCGGCUUGCGUCCAGUGCUGCGGAAACUGCCAUCAGCCACUGCGGAGGCGGACUGGUUGGUGUCAGAAAUCAAGCGGACUCGUUGUAUUUCUGGGAACAUGAUGGAUCUCAGCGACUAUGCCAUCUUAUUACGAUCAGCAGCGCUCUCGCGGGCCAUAGAGACGGCUCUGGGCAAUGCGGGACUUGCUUAUCGCAUGGUGGGCGGUUUACGAUUUUAUGAUCGCGUCGAAGUGAAACUCGUAGUUGACUACCUGCGAGUAAUUCAUCAGCCUGACAAUAGCGAAGCGGUGGAACGAAUCUUGAAUGUGCCUUCGCGACAUAUCGGAGAGACUACCAUCAAGAAGUGGCGAGCAGAGGCGCAAAGCAAAGCCACGUCUCUGUGGUCAUUGAUACUGGGCAUUGCUCAAGGGCGGCAUAAGUCGGAGACUAAGAUCAUGGAGAAGACAUUGAAAGGACUUUCAAGUUUCGUGGAUGUCAUCCUCAGUGGUCGCAAAAAGGUGGAGUCGUGGACACUCGAGAAAGACGCAGCGCCAUCAGUGGUGGACCUGAUCAAUCUGAUCUCGCAGAAGAUCAAGCUGCAGUCAUAUCUGAGGGACAAGUUCCAGGCGGAGGAGACCUUCGAGGCACGCUGGACCAAUGUCGAAGAGCUCAUGGCACAAGCAGCGGAGAUCACCAAGCCUGAAAGCCUGGCACAGGUUGUCGAGCUGGACGGCCUGCCAGUACUUGAUGAUAUCGAACAACGACUGGACACAGACCAAGACCUGCUGUCAAGCUUUCUUGACAACAUCGCUUUGACAGCAUCUGCGGAGAAGAAGGCAGAUGACGAGAAUGAAAAGGUGCAACAGAUCACAAUCUCGACCAUACACGCCGCAAAAGGCUUAGAGUGGCCUGUGGUGUUCAUUCCUGCAUGCUACAAUGGCUCCAUACCACACUCACGUGCUGACGACAAUGAUGAGGAGCGUCGUUUGCUCUAUGUCGGUAUGACGAGAGCGCAGGCUCUGCUAUAUCUGAGCUGCCCCGUUAAGAACACCCAGCGUGAGACGACCGACAUGUCCUCUUUCCUCACCCAUUCAGGGGUGGGCAGUUUCUUCGAAGAGCAUGGCCCAAGUCUGCCUACGGCAGCACUGACGAGUUUAUCGAUCACGCUGAGGAAAGAAUGUCCCGACGAGGCGAAGCUGGCUGAGGUGAGAAAGACACUGGAGCGUGAUGAAGACAACUACUGGCCUCUGAAUGGCGAGGAGCCUGCCGAGGAGCUCUCAAAAUGGAACCGUGCGAAGCCUGGCCAGUCCUUCUCUCAUGCCGGGUUCGUAACGGCGCAAACGCACACAAUGACAUCCGUGCAGCAAGGAUUCUCCACUGCAACAGCAACAAUGCCCGUUCAGCAAGGUUUUGUCAGCGUGGCUGCGCGCUAUGACGAACUCAUGGAACAAGCACAAUUGCGGAAAGUCGAAAAGCGAAUCGAACAGAAGCAACACCAAGAUAAAUUCGAGAGUUCAACGUCAGCAUCAGCAUCCGCGGCUGUACCCAAAGGCCGAAAACGGCAGAUCGCUGGCCAAGGCAGUAUCGCGAGCUUCUUUUCGAAUAGCAACAACACUGGCACUGGACCGGCUGCUUUGAAGAAACAAAAGUCCAACGCCUCUGUCGAGGAAAGCGAUGCUGUACUUGAUAUCUCUCAUAAGUCGACGGCUUCAGCGACCACGAGCGCGAGACCUCAACCACUGCGUGAGAUCUCGAACAUAUCGGAUACUCGCAGCACAUCUGCCGCGGCAGCAGGCUUCAUGACCGCCAAGCAAGGCGGUCUACCAACGCACAAACCACGCUCGACACCAAUGUUCACCAAACCUGCUUCUUCGAUGCAGACAGGUCGAGGACGACAACGGCAGAACCACGAGAACAACGACUGUACCCAUGAUGAAGACGAUGAUGCGGUGCAGAAAGAAGAGACAUACGUCUUCUUGUCGAGUUCACCUGCAAAGCCUGAACCGGAUCAUGAUACCAAGGUUUAUUCAACGACAGCGUCGAAAGCAGAACAUGGGAGCAAGGCAGGCGGGUACUCCGAGUCUUUCCAGCCUGCGAGUACACUCCAUGCAACGUCCAUGAGCAAUUUGGCCGCUAAGAGCGCACUAUCGCAGCAGCAGAGAAAGACUCUGGGCGUCCGGAGAAGCAUGAAUGGCUGGGCUGCGAGGAUGAAUAGAUAGAUGGCACAUGUCGCCGGUCAAGAAUGGGGACGGCAGAACGAG